CUCGUCCAAUCCCAGCGCUCCCUGCUCCUAUAAGAGCUCCUCGCUCAGAGGCCCGCCAUCACCUCACCAUGGCCUUCCUGUGGAUCCUGUCCUGCCUCGCCCUCGCCGGCGCUGCCUACGGUUGCGGCUCUCCCGCCAUCGCUCCCCUCAUCACAGGUUACUCUCGUAUCGUGAACGGCGAGGAGGCGGUGCCUCAUUCCUGGCCCUGGCAGGUGUCCCUGCAGGAUUACACCGGCUUCCAUUUCUGCGGCGGCUCCCUGAUCAACGCGGAGUGGGUGGUGACCGCCGCUCAUUGCAACGUGAGGACGUCCCACCGCGUGAUCCUGGGAGAACACGACCGCUCCUCCAACGCCGAGGACAUCCAGGUCAUGACCGUCGGAAAGGUGUUCAAGCACCCCAGCUACAACGGCUUCACCAUCAACAACGACAUCCUGCUCAUCAAGCUGGCCAGCCCCGCCCAGAUGAACAUGCGUACCUCCCCUGUGUGCGUGGCCGAGACCGCCGACAACUUCCCCGGGGGCACGAGGUGCGUGACCAGCGGCUGGGGGCUGACCCGCUACAACGCUGCUGACACCCCCGCCCUGCUGCAGCAGGCCGCCCUCCCCCUGCUCACCAACGAUGAGUGCCGCCGCUUCUGGGGCAACAAGAUCACCAACCUGAUGAUCUGCGCCGGAGCCUCUGGGGCCUCCUCCUGCAUGGGCGACUCCGGUGGCCCUCUGGUCUGCCAGAAGGACGGAGCCUGGACUCUGGUCGGCAUCGUGUCCUGGGGCAGCGGAACAUGCACUCCCACAAUCCCCGGCGUGUACGCCCGCGUCACUGAGCUGCGCUCCUGGAUGGAUCAGACCAUUGCUGCCAACUGAGCACAUCAGACAGUGUGGACGUGACCAUCAAUAAAACACAGAAACUCUCAA